GCUAAAUUCAAGCCAUUCCCUCAUUCUCUUCAUAGCUCUCUCCCCAGCGAUUUGCAUAACGUUUAGCACUCAACGAUUGACUAUCGCUUUGCCUAUCGACGAUUGACAGCCGCCUUGUGUAAUUAUCGGCCUCAGCGUCCAUUCCAGCUGUGAUUUCGGCUGCGUGAAGUUCUCCUGACCUCCCCUUCAGAAACGCAAAGCCGGCUACCAAUGGCUUCAUCUAGAUUGCCGCUGUCAUUAUUGAUCGCUGUCGUCGCCCUACUGAGCAUGGCUUCCGUGAGUCGCGCUAUAAGCAAGGCCGACAUGCUGCAAGAGCUGGUGGUCUACAGCGAGGACGACGCGUUCCCGUUCGCGGAGCUCGAGUCGCAGCAGGCGGGCGACGACGAGGAGAUCACCGCGGCCGCCAUCGCGAACGCGUUCCACCACCUGCACGGCUCCGAGGACUUCAGCGGCGCCGAGGACGACGAUUACGUCGCCGCGAAGCCGGACCCGAAGCCCGAGACAAUGGCGGCGACGGGAGCGCCCACCAUCCUGGACGCCGUCUCGCAAACCAUCCUGAAGCGGUUGCGAGGAAUCAUCGGGUGAACGCGCGAGCUUCGUGUGACCGGAGGAGAGGUGACGACUGACUCAAGACGCGAGGCAGUAUCGCUCGUACUGCCCUCUAUGAGAAUGCGACAAGCGGACAAUGUCUUAAUUCGGCUGCGGCCAAUAUUCGCCAUACUUAUGUACCAUAGUAGCUGAUCGCGCACAUGCCGCUACGGGCGCGCCUGUGCCACACUCCCUUGUGCGGAAAUUCGCACAAACCAUACUUAGCCUGUGAUAAUGCAAUGUGAUUUGCCAUCAAUACAAAUCUCCUGGAUUCCUCCCAUCCCACACACCUACCGUUCAGUUCCCCCCCGGGUUGCUUAGUUCAUCGCUCCUCCACGCACCCAUGCCCUCAGGUCCUCAUUGCCUCUGGCGGAGAAAAUAAUGGUGUGGACUUUGUGGUGUGCAUACAAUCUGAAUUGUG